AUGUUUGAUAUUUCUGAUACUCAAAAGAUUGGCGUAGGCCUUGCAGGCUUUGGAGUGUUUUUCCUCUUUUUGGGAAUGUUAAUGUUAUUUGAUAAGAGCUUGUUGGCCUUAGGAAACAUUCUAUUCAUAUCAGGAUUGGCAGCUGUAAUAGGUAGAGAAAGAACAUUCAGAUUCUUUUUCCAGAGACACAAAUUAAGAGGAAGUUUUGCUUUUUUUGGUGGAAUUAUUAUGGUUUUAUUAGGAUGGCCCAUGGUUGGGAUGAUACUUGAAGCCUAUGGCUUUUUCUUGUUAUUCAGUGGAUUCUUCCCAGUUGCUAUAAACUUCCUGAGGAGGGUGCCUAUAUUAGGAACACUUUUAAAUAUGCCUGGAAUUAGUAAAAUAGUUGAUAAAUUGGCUGGAGACUCCAACAGAACAAAGGUCUAG